AUGGCUCCCGUACAGGGCUUUGGAGACAUCCCUGUGAUGUCAGUUAAGAGAGCCGACGCCCAAGGCUCCACCCACGAUACUCUCAAGAACGAGUCGCCAUCUGGUACCCUGAACUAUCUCGUCGCUCGAACAACUUCUACUUCGACCUCUGGCAAAGUUGCCUAUGGCCAGGGCACGAUCGAUCCCAGUCACAUCAAAAACCAGGGCCUCCUGGCCUUGUUCGCGCUCAUAGGUGCUGCAUUCGUCGUUGCUGGCAUUUGGUUCUUUUUCUGGGCCAAGAAUGGUGGUUUCAUCUGGCGCAAAGGUGACUGGGAUGACUAUAAGUCAACUGUGCUUCGCAGAAAGGGACCGGACGGACGAACACUAAGUAACGCGACCAAGAGUACCAAGCUCGGUGGUGGCAGUGUUGUUGGAAAGGGCUACAGCGAUGACGGAUACACCUACACAGACUGUGACGGCUACACCGAGGCCGGCACAGCUAUCACAGAGGAGAAACCCAAGAAGAAACGCAAUUUCAAAGAGAAGUUCCUCCGCCGCCACAAGGACGAGCGCUACGAAGGCGAAGGCGAUGCCGACGUACGCGCCUACCGCGAGGAAAAGCCCGCACGCAUUGGAGGUAUGAACCGCCAAGCAGAUGGAACCUACCACGGCAGCGACUACGACUCCUCGGCCGUACCAUCAAACUACCAGCAAAGCGAAAUGAGCGAAGUCCGCGACUACGCCUACGAGCAGCCCCGCGAGCCUCGCCGCUCAAAGCGCCGCGAUCCCUCCGGUUUCUCCUUCACUGCCGGCAGCGAAGAUGUCAUCAGCCAAACAACCGAAGAGUCCCGCCUCACCGACCCGACCCAACGCCGCCAGAAUCGUCGUCGUGAACGUGCCGAGCGUGAAGAGCGUUCGCGUCGCAGAAGCGCCGCACCCCCGACCGAGCGCGCUCCCCCCUCUGCACCCUCCUCUCGAACCAGCAGCCCGCGCAAGAAGGACCGCCGCUCCGCACCAGGAAAGUACACCGAGCCUCUCGACUUCUCCUCGGCUGGCACUCGAUCCGAAUACCAGUACUCGAACGUCGACACCGAAGACUCCGGCCACAAGGCCUACCACCACCCGAUCCCCGGCCUGACGCAGGGUUAUCGUCGUGGCCGUGGCGAGGGCGGACGUCGUCGUCGUGAUAGUCUCAGUGAUAGCGAGGGUGACGAGACUUGA